AUGGGAACCCCAACCCUCACGGUUUUCCAGGGCUCCUGUGUGAAUUCAGCAGGGCCUGAGACAGGAAGUCCCGGACCUAGGGCCCCUGUGCUGCAGCAGCUGGACCAGGAGCAGCUUCUCCUGCAGAACCGCCUGGUGCAGCUGCUCAGCCUUGGAACCCAGGUGGCGGUGAGAUUGCAGGACAAACAGGUGGCCUCUGACCAGUAUCAGUCUCUGAGAAUGAGCGACUUGACCAGCAGGUGCUACUGCAAAAUCAGCUCCUGGAUCAACUGCAGCGAGAAUGAAUCAGGACAAGGGAUUGGGCGACAGGCACUCCCAGGGUUGUCACAGGUGCAGGCGCAGUGCACCUGCAGCGACAGUUCCUUCCUGCAGCACUGGGCCACCGCCCAACAGCACCUGGGCUCUGGGAAGGAGCAGCUGCCUCACAAGAAAGAUGAAGAAAAGGAAGAUUUAGAGACAACAAGGCGGGUUGCUCAGUCAGCCCUGCAGGAGAACUGGAAGCGGCAGUUCUCCACCCCUGAAAUGGCAGAGACCCUGAAAAGGUGGCCACAUCAGGUUUCUCAUGAUGAGGACUUGAAAGUGUUCCUACAGCAGGUGGGUCCAAGGUGCAGAGAGCAGAAGUACGAUUAUGAAAGUCUGCCAACGACGUCCGUGAUCAUCGUGUUUUAUAACGAAGCUUGGUCAACCCUCUUUCGCACCGUUUACAGUGUCCUCGAGACGUCCCCAGACAUCCUGCUGGAGGAGGUCAUCCUGGUGGAUGAUUACAGCGAUAGAGAGCACCUGAAGGAGCGCCUGGAAGCCGAGCUGGCCCACCUGCCCAAGGUGCGCCUCAUCCGUGCCACCAAGAGGGAGGGCCUGGUGCGCGCCCGGUUGCUCGGGGCUUCGGGGGCCAAGGCCGAUGUCCUCACCUUCCUGGACUGCCACUGCGAGUGCCACGAGGGCUGGCUGGAGCCGCUGCUGCAGAGGAUCGGGGAGGAGGAGACGGCGGUGGUGUGCCCCGUGAUCGACAUGAUUGACUGGAACACUUUUGAGUACCUGGGCAACUCCGGAGAGCCUCAGAUCGGUGGCUUUCACUGGUGCCUGGUGUUCACGUGGCACGUGGUCCCUGAGCGGGAGCGGAAGCGGAUGCAGUCCCCCAUCGAUGUCAUCAGGUCCCCGACAAUGGCUGGUGGGCUGUUUGCUGUGAGUAAGAAAUAUUUUCAGUAUCUGGGGUCUUAUGAUACAGGAAUGGAAGUUUGGGGCGGAGAAAACCUCGAAUUCUCCUUUCGGAUCUGGCAGUGCGGUGGGACCCUGGAGACACACCCCUGCUCACACGUCGGCCACGUCUUCCCCAAGCAAGCUCCCUACUCACGCAAAAAGGCUCUGGCCAACAGUGUCCGCGCUGCCGAAGUGUGGCUGGAUGAGUUCAAGGAGCUCUUCUACCACUGCAACCCCCACGCACGCCUGGAGUCCUUUGGAGACGUGACCGAGAGGCAGCAGCUCCGUGAGAAGCUCAAGUGUAAGGACUUCAGGUGGUUCCUGGAGAACGUGUAUCCUGAGCUGCACGUGCCCGAGGACCGGCCCGGCUGCUUCGGGAUGCUCCACAAUAAAGGACUGCAAGGACUUUGCUUUGACUAUAAUCCUCCUGAUGAAAACCAGAUUGUAGGGCACCAGGUUAUUCUGUACACCUAUCACGGCCUGGGCCAGAACCAGUUCUUCGAGUAUACAUCCCGGAAGGAGAUCUGCUACAACACCCACCAGCCCGAGGGGUGCUUGGCGGUGGAGGCGGGCGGGGAGAGCCUGAUCAUGGAGCUCUGCCAGGACCCGGUCCCCGAGAACCACUACUUCCUCCUGCACCCGGAUGGUUCUUUGUUUCACGAACAGUCGAAGAAAUGUGUUCAGGCCGAGAAGGAAUCCAACGACAAGUUUGUCCCACUCUUACGGGACUGCACCCUCUCAAGCCGUCAGCAGUGGUUCUUCCAGGAACAGAUGCUAUGA